AGGAUUAGAGCACUCUAGACUUUUUGGGAGGUUUUGAUUGGUCCACGUGGCACUUUUAAUUCCACUUAGGAAGGGGACGUUGGCCGUUUCCUUACAAAAUAGUAACCGGUGGCUUUUGUUUCGGUCCUCUGUUUGAAAGAAACAUUGUUGUCCGUUAAUUUAGGAUUUGGGAUCCCUCUGUUUUGUGUCUCUCUGCACUCAUGUGUGUUUCUGCUUUUUACUUUUCCAACCAAAAACCGAUCAAAAUAUUGGACGGAGAGUGACCGAAGGAGGAAACAAACGUUUUGUAUGGUGGUGUUAGUUUUUGGAAAAUCCGGAUAGACUAGUUUGUAGCACUUUGUUUUCUUGAUUAGAAAUAAACUUGUUUUCUUGUUUGGUUUUAGAGAUUUGGAGGGGAGAAAAAAAAAAAACAACAACAGAGACACCCCAAAAGGAAAAUUUGAAGGUAUUUAUAAAGUAGAUAUAUGAUCAAUCCUAUACUCACUUGGAAUACGUCCUAAUGAAUUAAGCAAAAAGGAUUAUAUAUUAGCUGUACUUUCUAUUAUAUAUAUAUAUAUAUACUACAUAAUAUUCAUCAAAAGAAAGAAAGUUAGGCGAGAAAUCUGAGUUGAAUUUGGGGAAUGGGACAAGGAGGAUAAUGGAUUUCUGGCCAGAGUUUCUUGCGAGCAGUUGGGGAAGAGAAUUCGUAGCUGGUGGGUUUGGAGGCAUAGCUGGUAUCAUCUCUGGUUAUCCACUCGAUACCCUUCGUAUCCGCCAACAGCACUCCAAAACUGGUUCUGCUUUCACCAUCCUUCGUAAUGUCAUCUCUGCUGAAGGACCUUCUGCUCUCUACAGAGGCAUGACUGCUCCUUUGGCAUCUGUCACUUUUCAGAACGCUAUGGUAUUCCAGAUAUAUGCCGUUCUCUCUCGAGCAUUUGACACAUCCGUUCCACUAAGUGACCCUCCUUCCUAUAAAGGUGUUGCUUUAGGAGGAUUUGGUACAGGUGCUAUACAGAGUCUAAUCCUCAGUCCCGUAGAGCUUGUUAAAAUUCGACUUCAAUUGAAGAAUACCAAUCCAAAACUUCAUCAAACUGAUUCUCAUAAAGGCCCUGUAAGUGUUGCCAAGAGCAUAUUCAAAGCCGAAGGUUUGAGAGGAAUAUACCGAGGUCUAACCAUAACCACGAUGAGAGAUGCACCGUGUCAUGGAUUCUACUUUUGGACAUAUGAGUACGUGAGAGAGCAGCUUCAUCCAGGGUGCAGAAAGAGUGGGCAAGAGAGCCUCCAGACAAUGUUGCUAGCAGGAGGGCUGGCAGGUGUUGCCAGUUGGGUUUGUUGCUAUCCAUUGGAUGUUGUAAAAACCAGGUUACAAGCUCAAUCUCCAAAUGGUCCUCUGAAAUACAAAGGGAUUGCUGAUUGUUUUAGGAAGAGCGUCGAGGAGGAAGGAUAUAAUGUGCUGUGGAGAGGAUUAGGAACUGCUGUUACAAGAGCAUUUGUGGUAAAUGGGGCUAUUUUUGCAGCUUAUGAGAUUGCUCUUAGGUGCCUAUUCACCAAUGGAAACACUCAAACAGAAAGUUCAAUCACGUAAAAAUAUGUUUUUCUGCAAUAGUUGCAAAGUGUUGAUGCAGCUUAAUAAAUUUGAUGAGUUGGUAUAAAA